AAAAUAUCCUCUUUUUUUAUUUUUAUUAUCUAAAAUUACAGUAACUUUUAUAAAUUAUAGAAAAAUUCAUUCUUAAAUUUUCAAUAGAUAGAAGAAAUUAGAUUAAGAAUCAUGACCAUUAUAUAACAAACAUUUAAUGGGUAUAUUAUCAAUGGAUAAAAAAAAUAAUGCAAAUCAUGCAAUUGCGGGAGCUAUUAGUGGAUUUCUUACACGUUUCACUUGCCAACCCUUGGAUGUUGUGAAGAUAAGAUUUCAGUUACAAGUAGAACCUAUAACACGAUACCAUACAAGUAAAUAUCAAUCCUUUUUUCAAGCAUUUUGGUUGAUAUUAAAAGAAGAAGGAAUACUUGCAUUAUGGAAAGGACAUGUUCCUGCUCAAUUAUUAUCUAUAGUUUAUGGAACAGGACAGUUUUAUUCUUACAAUGUAAUUAUCGCAUUUUCUGAUAAAUACUCAUAUUUAAACGAACGAAAAUAUUUGACAAAUUUUGUGGCUGGCGCAAGUGCUGGAAGUAUUGCUACCAUUAUAUCUUUCCCUUUUGAUACAAUUAGAACAAGAUUAAUAGCUCAAUCUUAUAAUUGUAAAGUAUAUAAUGGUAUAUUACACUCAUGUAGUACAAUUCUGCAUCAAGAAACACCAAAGGUCUUUUUUGCUGGAUUGUCACCAACUUUAUUACAAAUUGCUCCACAUACUGGUUUACAAUUUUUAUUUUAUAGAUAUCUUACAGAUAUUUAUAAAAAAUAUUUUAAAGAAACUGAUAUCAAUUUUUACAAUUCUAUGAUAUCAGGUAGUAUAGCUGGCUUGAUGGCAAAAACUUUUAUAUAUCCAAUGGAUUUAGCACGAAAAAGACUGCAAAUACAAGGUUUUGAAUAUGGUAGAAAAGAAUUUGGUAAAUUUUUUAAAUGCAAAGGUUUGAUAGAUUGUUUAAGAGUAACAAUAAGAGACGAGGGUAUAAAAGGCUUGUUUAAAGGUUUAUUACCAAGCCAAUUAAAAGCUGCAUUAACAACAGCUUUGCAUUUUACUUUCUAUGAACAAGCCUUAUUAGUUUUAAAAAAUAUAUGAUUAUUGAUUUGAAAAAAUAUCGUUAUACGAUAAAAUAUAAAUGAAACAUUACUAUUACCACACUGUAACAACGCACUGAUCAGCAACAAUAUUCUCAAGACUUGAUAUUUUAUUUAUUGUUUUGAUGGUAGUAGAUAUAUAAAUAAAUUAAUAAAAAAAACUUUACAAUCAAAUAUUAUACCAACCAUUUACUGUGCUAUUUUUUUACUUUGUAAAACAAUUAACGUAAUUUGCAAUAGCUCACACACGCGUGUAUACAAUUUUGUUACGUCCCAUAAGUUAGUCACGUGUAUAUAAAAUGUGUAGACCAAUCAGAAAGAUGAGACUAUGAUAGAUUGUUUUGAUUGGUAGCAAAUAUGGAUAAUCGUUGUACCUUAAAGUAUUUAUUAUAUAAACUGUAUAUAAAUUUGCAAUUUUUAAUUGACAUUU